UUUCACGAGUUAUCGGAACAUUUUUGUGGUUCACCCAGCAAUUGGCAGCAGGUUGAGUGUACAUUUCUUAACAUUUUGUUAGUGGUAGUCUUUGAAUCAGGAGAAAAAUCCCAGUAUGAGAAUUCCCAAACACACACACACAUUUAUACACAAGCACUCAAAGGCUCCAGCUUCUGAUCUGAGCUGACAACUCCUAAGCCACCGUUUCCUCAUGCUGCUUAACUCAGACCACAUUUCUCCCACUGAGCCUCUCUGCUCUCCCUAGUCUGGCUUCUCUCCCCAUUCCAUCCAUCUUUCUCUCCGUUCCUGUAGCCAGCAUCUGGUUUGAAUAUUGCAGUGCGUGCUACUGUGUUACCGAUAGAAGUAGGGAGUGUAGGCUUCUCUUUGAUUUUUCAUCAUCUCUCUUCCUGCUCAGAUCCUACAAUGCCUAUGUUGAGAGAACAAAGCUGAGUGUGCAGCUUCUGUUCUGACAAACUGGAUAUAGAUGCACUACAGAGGAAAAAAGAGUGCAGAUACAGAAGCCAGAGAAACUAUUCCGAGGAUGUUAGCGGAAUUGGACCUGGGCCGUACAGAAAAGUGUGUGAGAGUGAACUCGGUGUCUAGUGGCUUGGCUGAGGCGGACCUGGAGGUAAUUUUGAAGGCCAAGGUUCUCCCUCGUGCCAUCAUGUUGCCCAAAGUCGAGGACACACAGGAAGUGCAAUGGUUUGUUGACAGGUUUCAGCACCACUUGAAAGGAUGGGCACUGACAGAACCCAUUCGCCUCAUCACCUUUGUGGAAACCGCUGUGGGCCUGCUCAAUUUUAAGGCGGUGUGUGAGGAAAUUCGCUCGCUUUGUCCUAAGGUUGGUCUGCACCAUGAUGGCGUGGUGUUUGGCUCUGAUGACUUCUGUGCAAGCAUAGGUGCCACACGGACCAAGGAUGCCAGAGAGCUCCUUUAUGCAAGGCAGAGGGUGGUUGUGACUGCCAAAGCCUUUGGGCUACAGGCUAUUGACCUGGUCUACAUUGACUACAAAGAUGUGGAGGGGCUGAGGCAGCAGGCCAGAGAAGGCGCUCUCAUGGGCUUCACAGGUAAGCAGGUUAUCCACCCAGGGCAGGUCCAAGCUGUGCAAGAAGAGUUCUCCCCCAGCAAGGAGAGGGUCCAGUGGGCCAAAGAGCUCAUUGCUGCUUUUGACCAACAUCAGAAGGAGGGAAAGGGUGCGUUCACCUUCCUCGGCAGCAUGAUAGACAUGCCCUCGCUGAAGCAGGCUCAGAACAUAAUAACACUCUCUGCCGCGGUGCCAAGGAAAUAACACAACUGGUGAGAAGAAAUGGCAGGAACCACACGACUAAACUGGGACGUGGAGGUCAAAGGAAACUGGAAAGGCUGCUGGUCUCGUGGCUAAAGUGACAUUUCAAAAACUUUUCAGCCAUCGUCUCAUUGCUUCACAAAAAUGCAGUGUGGAAACUGUGGAUUUCAUUUGUGAUUUUUGGUUUUAUUGAGGUUGAUUUAUGUAGCUUUUUUCCCUUUUAAAAAAAAAACUGUUGUUAAUUUUGCUGCUGAGGUCCAAUUCACAUUGUUUUCAGCAAUACCAACUCUGCAACUAUCAUGUGUCGACAGUAUUUGCCUCUUAAAACUCACUUACAAGGACUAUUGCCCUUGCA